CAGUUUGAAAUUCUAAGAAUUUUCUAUUCAAAUUUAAUUCGUCCCGCCAUUACACUCGGAAGGAUUCAAAACGUACGUGUAAAUAUACAACAGAAAUUACAACGUGUUUGGUUUGGUGUGGAAAAUAUUGAGAGAAAAAAAAGUUUCUAAUACAUUUGAGUCUACCGUUGGAAGUUUAAUAAGGCCGAAGUAGUCAGUAUCGAUAGCUGUUUCGUACAGUUAAGUUCAAUUUGUUAAAAGAUUUUUUAUCCUUGUUAAUUAGUCUUACCUAUUAUGUAUAAGUCUCUUAAAAAUUAUAAAUUAUUGCCAGAUGUAAAAAACAACGAUCUCUAUACUAUUUCUUUACCAGAUAGUGUUAAGAAGCCUGACGGAGGUGAAGGUCAAAACCAAAAGGCGGAUGAACGUUCGGUAGAUUUCGAACGAGCGAUAACACUCGCUGGAUAUGGAAAGUUUAAUUAUCUACUGCUAUUGGCGAUCGUGCCUGCGGGUUGGGCAAGCGUCUACAAUUCCACCGUAAUGUCCUACGUUUUACCAUCGGCAGAAUGUGAUUUGGAAUUGACUAUGUUUGAUAAAGGUCUUUUAAAUUCUAUGGUGUUUGCAGGAAUGAUUAGCAGUUCUUUCAUAUGGGGAUUGACGACUGAUACAUUCGGCCGAAAAAAUACUUUAUUUUAUGGCUAUUUAUGUGAUGGCAUAUUUAACGUAGCCAGUAUAUUCUCUAGAGCAUCGUGGAUACUGAUUCUCUUCAAGUUCCUGAGUGGCGUUAUAAUAUCGGGUCCCUUCGCCUCCCUAAUGUCUUACCUGGCUGAAAUUCAUGGCGAAGAGCACCGAUCGCGAACUUAUAUGUGGCUAGGUGUUUUCUUUUCCCUUGGGAACAUAUCGGUACCUUGUAUCGCAUGGCUGAUUAUACCUCAGGAUUGGCAAUUGAAUAUCUUUGACGGCUUCGUCGUUCUCAAUUCUUGGAGGAUUUUUCUUGCAAUCUCUUCAAUACCAUCGUUUGCCGCUUGUCUGGCCAUAUCCUUCUUUCCAGAAAGUCCACGCUUCCUCAUAUCCAAAUGUCGGCUGCAAGAAGCUCUCGAGGUCUUUAAGAAAAUCUACGCCAUGAAUACUGGAAAACAUCCUGACACGUAUCCGGUGAAAUCGCUCGCUGAGGAAACGUCGAUGGAAGCAUCAGGAAAGAGUUUCGUGCAUAUGAUGCGUUGCGGUUGGCGACAAACCAAACCUUUAUUUGCAGCACCAAAUAUUUCAAAACUCAUAUUAAUAUCUUCAAUUCAGUUUGGUGCUACUUUGGGAUCAAAUUCUUUACGUUUAUGGAUGCCACAAUUAUUUGCCAUGAUAGAAACAUAUCAAAGUAUGCAUCCUCUUGAAAGUAGUGGUUCUUACCCAUCGGUAUGUUACAUGUUGGAUAAAACAAACUAUCGACCACAAAGUAACAUUACAAUUGGAUCUACGAACAAUCCAAAUACUUGCACUGAGAUGGUUCUGGAUUCCACAGUUUAUAUAAAUUCUAUGGUUAUUGCUCUUACAGGAGUUAUAGGAUAUACUAUGGCUGGUACAUUGAUAAAUGCUGUAGGGAAGAAGAAACUUAUGGUAUUUUGCUUCGCCUUGGCUGGUUCAUGCUGUGGAAUUCUUUACUGGGCUGAAGACUCUAAUGGUAUUUUAGGACUUUCUUCAGUUUUCGUAGCCAUGGCCAGUAUUGGCGGUGCAACUGUAGUCAAUGUUAUAGUUGACAAUUUUCCAACAUAUCUCAGAACUAUGGCAGUCAGUGUAACCAUGGUAAUUGGCAGAUUCGGAGCUGUUAUAGGAAAUUUAUUAUUUCCUAUUUUAUUAAAUAUAGGUUGUUUAGGACCUUUCAUAAUGAUUGGCUCCGCAUGUCUCGCCUGUGCACUGCUUGUUCUCUUCUUACCUACGCAUAGUAGUUCUACAAAAAAAGCAGUAAGCGACGAAGGUACGGAAAAAAAAUAAAAAUGCAAAAACCCUUAGUGCAAAAUAUUAUACAGAAUUACGUCGAGUAACGAACAUAAGAUUGUUGUAAAUAAUACAUUUUAACACAGAUAGGCAUACCAAGCGAAUAUCGUUCCCUUAUUAUUAUUGUUAUUUUCACAAGCAGAUAUUCGCAAACUGAAAAUUGUUACCUCUCUCGUUAAUGGUAAUUAUUUGUUUGCGUGUACAUUGUUGUAAUAUAUAACGCACAUACGCGUUUGAUAUUAGAUUUUUUGUAUUAUUUAUGGAACUCGCAUUCUCGUGACCAACGAUACACAUAGUGCUUAAUUAACUAUGGCUCAAUCAUACCUCAUAAAACUUACAUGAAAUAAAUGUUUAUAUUAUUUAUACAUCAUAAUAAAAAUAUAUUACUAUA